GGUGGUCUUUUGGCAGGCAGACUUUCUAAGAGAACGAGCGGAAAUAUGUUUAGGAAAGAAUGAUAUAAUUCUAGGUUUAACUUUAACAGUGUCCUAUGGUUGUUGGUGUACGCUUAACCUACUGCUAAAUAAAGAAAAUGGGAGAAGAAAGAGAUCAAGAGCGAGAUAAAGAUCGAAGACGUAAUGACCAUAAACGGCAUCGCUCUAGAUCCGGAUCACAUAGUAGAGACAAAUGGAAGAGAUCUCACUCACGAGAAUGGAGAAAAAGUGAUUCAAAGAAAAGACGAAAAAAACCAUCAAUGUAUUGGGACAUUGCACCGCCUGGUUUUGAACACAUCACUCCGUUACAGUAUAAAGCCAUGCAAGCGGCUGGACAGAUUCCAGCAACCCUCAUAGCAGCUCCAGGAAUUGCUCCCGUACCAGUAGUUGGUAGUACCAUCACUAGACAGGCUCGUCGAUUGUAUGUGGGCAACAUUCCAUUUGGAUGUAGUGAGCAAGAGAUGAUGGACUUUUUUAAUGCCCAGAUGCAUGUCUGUUGUUUUUCACAAGCUGAAGGCAGUCCAGUCCUUGCUUGCCAGAUUAACUUGGAUAAAAAUUUUGCAUUUCUAGAAACCUACAGUGUAGUUUCAACAGUUGUACAAGACUCCCCUCAUAAGAUAUUUAUUGGAGGGUUACCUAACUAUCUGAAUGAAGAUCAGAUCCGAGAAUUGUUGAUGUCAUUUGGACAGUUAAGAGCUUUCAACCUUGUUAAAGAUAGUGCUACAGGUCUUUCUAAAGGAUAUGCUUUUUGUGAAUACCUGGAUAUUGGCAUCACUGACCAGGCAAUAGCUGGGUUAAAUGGGAUGCAGCUUGGGGAUAAGAAGUUGAUUGUACAGAGAGCCAGUGUUGGAGCCAAGAACAGUACUAUGGCUGCUCCUGUUCAGAUUCAGGUACCAGGGUUGACUUUGUUUGGGGGGGCAGGGCCUCCAACUGAAGUGUUGUGUCUCAUGAACAUGGUAAUGCCAGAAGAACUUCAAGAUGAAGAAGAAUAUGAGGAUAUUUUGGAGGAUAUCAAAGAAGAAUGUAACAAAUAUGGUGUAGUAAAGAGUGUAGAAAUACCUAGGCCAAUUGAAGGUGUGGAUGUUCCUGGCUGUGGAAAGGUUUUUGUGGAAUUUAAUUCCGUGAUAGACUGUCAGAAGGCCCAACAGAAUCUUACUGGCAGAAAGUUUGCAGAAAGGGUCGUUGUCACAUCCUACUUUGAUCCAGACAGGUAUCAUCGUCGGGAAUUUUAAAAUUGUGAGGAAAAUGCUUUUUCCAUAUCAAAUUCUUAAUAUCACGAUAGUCCACGGUGUGUUUUCCAGUUGUUCUUCAGAUUACACCCAUUAUAGUCCAUUUUUAUUAAGCAAAAUUUUCAUAAUUUCUGCAUUUACAUAAUUAACUAUAAAUUUGAAAAGGCAGUGAUUGCAUGGAAUAUCAGUACCAUAUUGUUGUAAUUAGUAAGCUAGUAUGUAGAGAAAUGAAAUGCUAACAUUUGAAAUGAAAUGUGUGUGUGUGUGUGUGUAUAUGUACGUGUGUGUGCAUGUGUAUAAGAGCUAUUAACAGUAACAAGUGGCAUGUAAAAAUUUGGCUUUUUAGACAUUUAUUUUUAAGAAGAAAUUAAAGUGACUUAUAAUUCUUAAA